GGAGCAGAAACUCCUUAACCGCGUGGUGCCUCCAUUUCCCUGGGGUGUCCCAGCACAAGGUUACAGAAUUCCAGCAAAAUCGACUUUCAAGGAAAAAAGCGCGGGUCCUACGAAGCAUACUUAUGCAAGCACGUUGGGAACGCGGGAGGACAGUACAAACUUAAUUCUUCCUCAACUAAACGCCUGAAAACAACUUCCGCCCAGCGGGUCUCAGGUCUGGGAAGUGCUGCCCCGCAGGUCACGUGGGACCAAGCUGGUCGUUAGCGAAGACUCAGUCGCCACGUCAUGAUUCCAGUUGGUAUCGCCGGCUCCCCGCCUCCGCACGCCACCCUCACGUGACACCGGCGCGCUCCCGCGGGGGGAGCCGGGUCUGAGAGGCGGCGCCGCAGGAGACGGAGGGACGGGCGCAACGUUGGGUGUCUUAGCUUUUGCUCCAAGGCCAGCGCGGAGGACGCGAUGUCGGGGCUCUUUCGCCCGCUGCUUUUGGCCGCUGGCUGCCUGGCCUCGCUUUGCGUGAUGACCGCAGCUCAGAACACCACCCUGGCCCCGAACACGACUGCACCCUCGGUUCUAACGACCACCACCACCACGACAGCGCCGGUGCCGCCGCCGACCCUCCCGACGGUCACCACUCCAGCACCAGAAAUCUGUGAAAGCCGCAACAACUGUGUUUCCUGUUUUGACCCUAAUGCUGCUAACACUACCUGCUUUUGGAUAGAGUGUAAAGGUAAAAGCUACUGUUCAGAUAAUUCAACAGUUAGUGAUUGCAAGGUGGUGAACAGCACCGAAUUCUGUACUGUGCCCACUGCCACACCAUUGCCAACCAAUUCUACAGCUAAAACCACAACUCCGCCUUCCCCUUCUACAGCUUCCACCACAGCUACUACAUCAGGUACAACUAAUACCACUUCAGCUCCGACUACACAACCUGCGCGGAAGUCUACGUUUGAUGCAGCCAGUUUCAUUGGAGGAAUUGUCCUUGUCUUGGGUGUGCAGGCUGUAAUUUUCUUUCUCUAUAAAUUCUGCAAAUCUAAAGAACGAAACUACCACACUCUGUAAACAGACCCGCUAAAUUAACAAGGACUGGUGUGUAACUCACUGAAACCAAAACAUUAUCUUUCAAGAUGUCCCACAUGGAAGACGCUAUUCUAGGAUCUUUAAUUUUUCAAAGGAUGCAUAUAGGAGCAUCGCCCUUGAAGAAAAAUCAGUGAAAUCUAUUUGCUCAACGGGAAUAUGUAAAAUAUUCUGCAUGAAUCCUUGUGGCUGUCUUCUUUUAUUUUAAAUGGCUGCUGCUGUGGGAUUAUGUUCUCUCUUCUUGACAUGCCAAAUGUAACUCUGUAAGUGAUGGAAAACAUUGUCCUGCGCAGACAACCUCAUGACUCUUUUGGCAAUUUAAAUGUAGUUAUUUUAAAGCCUGAAAGCUGCAUUUUUUCAUCCUAACUCAGGAUGUAGUUUAGUGACCAGAAUUGAGAAGAAUGUGCCAAAUGAGCAUCAAUCAGGUGGAUUUGGGGCUAUCGUUGCAAAAGUGGAAUAAAUUUAUAAAUUUAAUAUCCUUAGAGUAAAAUUUUGUGCUUGAUAAGUUAUUUUUUCUACAUUAGAAAAAAGAUGCCACACAGGGAAUUACAUUCCAGAUUUAAAGAAAUGAAUGGAAAGGAUACAAAACAUUAAAGUGUAGCAGGUUAUUGUUCAUACUUGUAAAGCACCUUAUAUCAUUGAGAAAAUAAAGAACAGUGCCUUAAAAGACAGACUGAAAGGUAGACUGUAACUUAAAAUGUUGGUGAUUUGUUCUUUCACAUUAAUGAAGGGAAAGGUUGGUCUGAGGAUGUAACUGUUGAUGUGAGCAGUAGUAAACCUGCUUUUAGAUACCAUACUGUUAGUACUCAAUUGAAAACUUACCUACUUUAUUUCAAGCCUGAGUAAUUUAAAGGAUGUUAUACAAAGUCAAAAGCUUUCAUCUAUUGAAUCUCCCAACGUUUUGCUUAUGGCUCUUAAAAAGUAUAGAGAUAAAGUUGAUUUAAUUAUAUUUUCCUUUGUACUUCAAAAAAUUAUCCUAACACUGUUGUACCUUAAAAGGAUUUCCACGAAGCUUUCUGGAAAAGUAACUUCUGUAAGGCAAGAAAGAAAGAAGUUGUUUUAGAAUCAUUUAUUAACUCUUUAAAUGAGACAAUCAUUUUAAGUUUUGAGACAGCAAACGUGAGCAGUGUAAUUUCAUGAAAAAUUUUAGUUGAUCAGAUUACUGUAGAUUUUUAAUGAUCAUUGCCCUGGAUAAACAGGUUAUACUUUUUUUCUCCUUUUCCAUCCUUUUCUUCUGAGUUUCAAUUGCUGUAGUAUAAGCAUGCAUACUUUUAUUUCUUUAGCUUCCUUAUGAAGCACUAGUUUUUUCAGGUUUAGAGGGAUACUUCGUCCCUGCCUUUGACACAUUGGAUUAGUUCAGAGGCUUAAAUCAGUUUAAAAUGAGCUUUUGCUUUUCUAGGUCAUUAAGGUUUUUUGUUUUAGUUUCUUUAGCCUAUAGUGGCUGUGUUUAGCACUUGGUUUUCAAUAUUUUAUAGUAAGAAAUGACAAGUUGCUUUGGUCCAUUUCAUAAGCCAGAAUUCCUUACAUUUAGAUAAUUAAAGGUUCUUAAAAUGAAGAUUUACUGUUUCUUCUUUACUUGCUGGUACAGCUAAAGUUUGUUUUACUUGCACAUUGGUACAUAUACCUAAUGUUUUCAAGUGCCUUAAUUGUUUAAAAUCUCUGGCUUCAAAGGUUUUUGGGGAAAGGUAGGCUUACCUCACAUUUUUGUUUCCCUCAGUAGUAAUAUUUUAGGUACCUCACAAAAAAUUUUAUUAUGGUGCCAUGGCUAUUAGUUUUUAGUGAGUGCUUUAAGAUACAAGAUUCAGUUGAAAACAUACAGAAUUUCCAUUCUCCCAAAGUGGUAAAAAUUAGCUACAAUGGUAUAAUUGUCAUUUACCUAGAUAGGAAUACCUUGCCACACAUUAAUGUUAACACUAUAGCUACUUUUGUGAAAAUAUAGCUGAUGAAGCCUCUCAUCUUCUGUAAUUUGAAUACUACUCUAACAGAAUCAUAAUAUGGAAUUAGAUUUUACAAAAAGAGCUCUUACAACAGAACUCACAGGCUUUUCCCCUCUUCCUUUAGCAGUUUAGUAUCUUGAGCCAUUAAUAAUUUUUGGGUUCUUUUUAAUCCAGAAGGUAUAUAGAAACCUUUUCAGAUUUUUCAUCUGAUUUGUUCAUGCAGAUUGUAGGUCUAUUAAAAUCCCUUAUUUUACCUUACAGAUAUUUGUUGCACAGACAUUGCUGUAUUUAGAAAUUUCUAUUUCAGUUCAUUAAAAACUGCAAAACCAAUCUGUAUCAUGUACCAAACUGAUUUUAAAUAAAUCUACAUGUUUGUUGGAUUAA